CGGUUCGAUUCGGUUGUGUUCUCAUCAGGCUCUUGUCUUCUUAACUGGUGGCUCAAGUGGAUUAAGUGGCACUUAAGAAAUUAUCCAGCUCUUGAGGGAUACCGGGUAUCGUGCGGUGCAGUAAAUGAUCUCUAGGCGCCAUCGUCGAGGAUUGAGGAUGAGCUAAUGUGCUUGUAGUUUUACACAGUUGUAAUAAUAGUGAACGGAUUCUCAAAAUGGAGAAGCUGAAAUAUUCAUUGGUGUUCUUUAUGCUAAUAGUGAUAUGUUUCAGCAGGACAGUUGCACAGAAAAGAAACCCACUCAAGGAUCCUCGAAUAUGCGGGCGACCAAAUUGUCAAGAGAUUAACACGAAAUUCAACUAUCUUCGCAAUCGCCUAUACAAGUAUGACUACUCGAUGUACGUUAAGACCGAAUUCUCAGGCAGUGGAGAAAAUUCUUCUGAACUACACCUUAUCGCAUCGGUGGAAAUCGAUUUCCCCAAACCAUGCCAAGGUGUGAUGAAGUUGUAUUCGAUCGAACUUCGCGAUCGUCCGUUGCCGGCAUCUGAGGAGCAAGAUUUUGAAUACGGAGCAGACUACGUGGAAUCUGCACCUGAGGUUGAGUUGCAUCCCAAGAGUGAUAUAAUCUCAGAAGAGCUGCAACGAUUCGAGCUGCGAUUUGCCUUCCAUGACGGUCUUGUAAGCGAGAUAUGCCACGAAGAGGAAGAACCGGUGUGGACCUUGAACUUGAAACGUGGUAUACUGUCGUCAUUUCAAAACAGCAUGCCUCGAUUCGAUAUCGACUUUCAUACCGUCGAGACCGACGUGUCUGGCGUUUGCGACGUUGAGUACACGAUGAGCGGGACAAAAGAAACGAGUUUACUGAUCACUAAGACGAAGGACAUCGCCUCAUGCAAAAGAAGAUACAAAACCAAUUCCUUGAUUCAGACAGUUCCGUACGAUUUUCGACCGGACUACGUCGCUUGGCCAAUUCUAAACUCAACGAGCUAUUGUAAUAUAUCAGUGGAUAACUAUAUUUACAAGGAAGCGAUCUGCUAUGAGCGGCAUCAGUUGGUACCGUUUUCGAAUGACCGAGCAGGUGCCGUGACUGAAUCUUUUAGCAGACUUGCCUUAGCAGACGAAGAAUCGUACACACCAGAGGAGCACAACACGAAUGAUGACUAUGAAAUUCAGAAACGUUCCACGCUCAUUUACGACCAUACUCCAUCCGUGCGGGAUAGCCACGAUGAGAUCAAAGCUUCCCGUGAACUCUUGAAAGAUCUUUGCAGGUUAGGCUUCCCGGAUAUUCAACGUAGCUUCCCUGAUGUGUUUCUAAACUUCCUGUCGACAACGAGAGCGCUUUCAUUCACGGCUCUAUCGCAGCUACUGUAUCGCGCGAAAAGUAUUUGCGACAACGGAAAAAAUCACGUAUUGGAAAGCCUUCCUUACAUUGGCAGUCCAGCUUCGGUAACACUAAUGAAAGAUCAAAUAGUCAAAGAGCAAAUCCCAGCCGAUCUUGCAAAGAAAUGGAUGGAAUCAUUUGCAUAUCUCACACGCCCCAACGAGGAAGUACUGGAAGCAAUGUUGGAGCUGAUCGAAUAUGGUAAACGCAAAGCAGAAAAGAGCUACACUCUAUCGGCCACAUCAGUAGUACAUACGUUCUGUACCAUCUAUGCCGACUGUGGUAGCAAUGAUAUGGUGCAAGCGAUUGUCCAGUUCCUGGAAAACGAUCUCCUGGAAAGAAUCCAAAGUGAAUCGGUUAAAUCGCGAAAGCAACGAGAAAACAUAAUUAUUUUGUUAAAAGGCUUAGGUAACGCCGGAGUUAUCAACGUAGCAUUUUACCAUGAGCUACGCGAAAUAAUCGAAAAUUCGGAGCUACCUACGGAGAUACGUCUACAGGCAGUUUACGCUUUCAGGAGACACGACUGUGCAAGAACGAAAGAUUAUUUUCUGAAAUUAUAUUCAGAUUUCGAAAACGAUGUUGAAAUCCGUGUUGCAGCAUACCAACAAGCAAUGCGAUGUCCGGAUUAUCUUUCAGUCAAAUUGAUCAAACACGUGUUGAAGAUUGAGGAAGUAAAUCAGGUCGGCUCGUACGUCUGGUCUCACCUAACGAAUUUAGCUCGCAGUGCAUCUCCAGUUCGGGUAGAAGCUCAAGGUUUGCUAGCAGACAAUGAUCUCGGUAAGAAAUUCCGCAUGGAUAUACGAAAGUUUUCUAGAAACUAUGAACAAACACUGUUUUUCGAUGAGUACAACUUCGGUGUGACCACAGAUGCUAAUGUUAUAUUCAGUGCCGAUUCAUAUCUACCCAGAACUGGGUCCCUGAAUUUAACGGCCGAUCUAUUUGGCGAAUCAAUAAAUUUUUUGGAGUUGAAUGCUCGAGCCGAAGGGUUUGAAUACUUGGUCGAGUCCAUCUUUGGGCCAACCGGACCAUUGAAUACAAAAAAGGUAAAAGAAUAUGCGUCUGCUGUGACGUCAUUGUUCAGUUCGGAGUCCGAAGAAGAGGAUCAGGUUGGAUAUGAUCCCAUUAGUCAGUUUCGAGUUAAGCGGUAUUCCAAUAGCAGUAUAGUGCACGAGCGACUGCCACGAAUCAAACGACAGGAAGUACGCAGUCCAGCGGUAAUUUCGAGGGAUAUUCAUGAGCAAAUUGACACUAUGGGAUACAAAAUGAAAUCAGACUUCAAGGAUCCUCAUGCUUCGUUGGGCAUCAAAAUAUUCGGUAACGAUCUUAAGUACUAUACGAUUGAGGGAUUCGCUGAAACAUUGAUGGCUGCCGAGAAAAUAAACCCACUAAACAUGCUGAAAACGUUGCUUUCUGGCAAAGAAGUAUCGUACACUAGAUCUGGAGUGUUUUUGGAUACGUCGUAUGACGUACCUCUGAGCACUGGUCUUCCAUUGGCACUCAGUGUAAUUGGAGCUUCAUCUGUCGAUCUACGAAUGUCUGGAUCUUUCAAGGCAGUCGAUUUCUGGGAAUCUACGCGUUUUGUAGAUGUAGAAGGAAAGAUCAAACCUAGUAUUUCCGCGGACAUAACGGCAACUAUGAAAACAGAUUUCAUCCAUGCAGCUACCGGAGUUAAAGUGAAAAGUAACUUGUACUCUAGUUCAGCCCUUGAAGCUAAAGGAAAAAUUCGUGGAGAUCGACUGGUGUCACUUCAAUUUAGUCUACCGCAGGAUCACAACGAGAUAUUCAGCGUACGGUCGGAAAUGUUAGUAUUCGAUGAUUCCAGAGAAAUCCGGCAGAAGGGCAUAGAAAGUCGUUACACGAAUUCGACAUGCACCUGGCCAGUAGUAGAUCGGGCGAUAGGAUUAAAACUAUGUGCCGACUACAGUUUGCCAGAUGUUAGCAAUAACGAUCAAGUUCCUAGUUUGAUACUAAGCGGGCCAGUGCACAUGGAUAUAAGCUUGCAGAAAGCCGACCCGACCGCUAAAGUUUUCCUCUUCCAAUACGCCUGGGACAGACACGAAAACACCUCGACGGGAUCACUUAUUUUUGAAACACCUAACUCUCAAAUUCCUCGAAUUUUUAUCGCUAACAUCACAGCUGACAUGGAAGGAUACAGUAUUUCGAUGGGAUUCCGAAAUGGUGAGAUCUCACACUCUGCUGUUGGUAUCUACACGAAUAAUCACAACCAGAGAAGGUUGGAUAUGUCAUUGAAUGUGAAUGAUCGAAAGUACUUGGCGUUGGAAAUGGGUUACAAUAAAACAGAAAUAAAAUACGGCAUGGUUUACAGUCCAUCACUGUUUCUAUCGGUAAACAAUGAAAGAAUUGCUGGUAUGGCAGGACAGAUCAAGAUGACUGACAAGAAAGGUAUCAAACAGUGGGAUUUAAGUCUACAAUUCGAAACGAAGCGGGUUCAAACAAAAGUUAUUGGUUUUAUCCAGCAAACACAGGCAUCUAUAACAACCAAAUUUUCAAUGGAAUACAGGUUUAUUAACGGAGAACCAGAACGUCUCACUCUUGGCGGGACGUUCGCUGACAGAAGUAACCGUGGACGGACAGAAUAUCACGGUUCUUUCGAAUUGCGUUCGACGGCCUAUCCAAAUUUCGACUUUACUUCUACGUUAAAAUUCCUUUCUGCAAUGGGCCACGUUGAGUGCAAGUUGGAGUACAACAAUGCGGCUGAUUUGAAGGAUCCAUACUUUACGACUACACUACAGUUAAUUUUCGCACGGUUCAACGUCGCAGAAGUGGGAAGGACAACUGCCUCCGUUGAGUUAACGAGACCUCGUUCGCACAUGAAUCUGAAAGCGAUGAUCAAACACGAGCACAACUCGAACAAAGGAACCGAACACAACGUACUAUUAUUGCUUCGGUACGCCAAAGACAAAGAUGUGACGGCAGUUUUCUCAGUUUACAUGCCGCGCGCAGUGUUAUUUGCCAUCGAUACAGCUGCCAAUAUAACCGUGCCAGGGUUCGACUCUUGGACUGUCAACUUAAAAGUGAAAGAAAAGGCCCGAAAAGAAUAUUACUUUGACUUAAACGGAGUCUGGUUUUCGGGUCAUUCCAUCGCUGUUAACGGUUGGUAUCAGGAUCGUAGUUCUUUCAUUAAAUCCUACCAUCAUGCCAAACUGGAAGCUAAAAGUCCUUCGUUUGGCGAUAUAACCGCUGACGUUAAAUAUGUGCGCGAUGAAAUCGAGUACAAAUUCGAGAUGCACGCCGAAUAUGCCAAACAACCUUACGGUCUAACAAUAAGACACGUCAGUGAGUCCAAAGAUAUAACCAACUCCUACGCUGGAUUCCAAUGGCGAGAAAGCUUGUACUGGUUUUCAGCUGCAAUGAAAACUGCUCCUAUUAAGGAGUUAAUAUUGGAACUACACAUUGACAAACUUCGAGACAUCAGUGUGACUUUGAAAGGUUAUUCAACGGAACUGAAAAGAGAAGUAGGAAUAGAUAUUAAAUGGGACGCUAACCGUGAUCCUACUCAGAAGCUGGUAAUAUCUGGAGAACUGAACACGCCUAGGUACCGUUUAUACAACGGACAGUUCAUUGUAUCCUAUCCCAACCGAACGGUGAGUGGUGUUUUCGAUCUGAAAGCAGACGACCCUAAAUACCUGGCCAAUGCUAGAAUAUCAUGGAACACAACGGAAGCAAUUGAACUUAAGCUAGAUGCAGGAUCAGAUGAAGAGAUUCUUCGUAACAUGUGGCUAUUGUUUAAACUAAUAACACCGUUCGAGGGAUGGCGCUACAACGCUCUUAAUGGCGGAUUUUACUUCAAAGAUAAUCUCUUGCGAAGUAACAUUUCGGCAAACUGGGCCGAAAAUCAAACCCUCGGGUUGGAAGUGAUGGGAGUGUAUAUUUCCGACGAUACUAUUUUCAAUUGCGAACUGAAAACAAAGCUUCAUAGUUCGAUUGAACAUGUACCAACUGUGAAGAUUCAUCUAAAACACAUAUAUGACAGCAAACGAGUUGAUACUGUUAUCACCCUGAACCAUACUGUAACCGACGAACCACCACAAGUGUUUUCCGUUUGGUCAGGAUGGCAAUAUGAUCAUGACGAAAUAUACCGCAAUAUUUCCGGUACGUUAGCUUGUGUAAGUCCAUUUGAGGGCUACAAAACAGGUGCUUUAUCGACGAAAUUCUCACUGAGUGAAAGCCGUGAACUUCGAGGUGCCGCCGAUCUGCAACUGGAAGAUGACAAAUAUGAUCUGGUGUUGAAAGGUCAUGUUCGCAAUUUCGUCGAUAACAUGCUGACUGUGAACAUAACGUCGUCCAACGAAAAAUUCCGUAACAUACGGGGUCGUUUUGGCAUCAGCGAAAAAGAACGGCAUGCUGUGGCGGAGGUGUUAACUCCAAAAAGUGCCCUGGGAAUUGAAGUGCUGUUUGCCAUAGUAUCUGCUCACGAUUUUGACAUCAAAUUUUAUUUGGCCACACCGCUGAAGGAUCUGGAGAAGGUCAUUCUGCGUGGGAAGUUUAAACAAGAUAACGUCGACUUCCGGGCAGGACUCAACAAUUUGAUAAUAGGAUUUGUGGGAGUUUGGCGAAAUGUGCAUUUGAAAGACUUUGAAUACUCCUAUAAGGUUUUCACGCCACUACCGAAAUUCGAAGAGAACGGACUUAUACUGAAAUUGAUAACUAACACAGAAAAAAGCGAGUAUAUUAACUUAGAAUUCAGCGGGAAAUUUUCACAGUACAAGUUAGGCAUUAAAGCUGUAUCUGAACCAAAACCACAAUUACUGCGUCAACUUGGAGUGCAAAAGGCAUCCGAAUUGCUGAAUGAGUUCCUUGAAGAGUCCCCUGAUAGUCGAGCGUCUGACAAUGAAGAGGAAGAUGAAGACGACGAUGACGAAGAAGAGGAGGAUUUGUUGAAUUUGAUAGGAAAGGUUGAAUUAGAUACAAUAGUAUGGCCAACAAUCACCGGAAUACUGGAUCUUGAGGAAUACAAAUCUAAGUAUUACGUAACAGGAAAGCUGAAGCUGCCACAAGGAUAUGUUGAUGUUUGGGAUCGUUUCUGGUUGGAGGAUUUGAUGAACAUGAAGAAUGCAUUGAAGAUAAAAACUCCAUUCCCGGCUAUGAAGGAAGUACAAUCAGAAUUUGAGCUGAGAAUACCAUAUCCUACGAAUAAGUUCGUGGUUGGUUUCAAUGUUCUUGUGCAUAAUAUGGACGAGUGGGUAAACACAGGUUUCCAUAUUUUCUACAACGUGUCAGUUGAUGAAUCAGAUGCGAAAACACAUCACGCUAUCGUUAAUCUGAUGACUCCACUGGAGAACUUGAAAAAAGUUAGUCUUCAUGGCGUUUUGGACGUCGAGGAGCACGGGUACCGUGGAAAUUUGACAGCCAAAACAAUGACUACGGAAGGAUCGAUAGCUCUCAUGUUCGAGAGCGAAGACCAAUUCAUUGAUGCAGCUUUGACUGUUUGGGUGCAUGCUCCCAUAAUACCUAACUACAGCUGUCGAGUGUUCUACAAGCAAGAUCUGGCUGGUUACGAUAACACGAUGAAUAUGGGAUUCGCAGUACAUGAUGGGGGAUUGUACAAUAACUUCCGUUUGGAUGGAGCUUGGUCGAUGGCCGAGCCACACUUUUUGGUCGGCAAGGGCAAGUACCAAUCAAAUUUCCUACCAGUACACAUGAUCGAUACGGAGUUCGUGAUAACUCGCCAGCCUUACCCGAAGGUACAGUUCGAGCUACGAUUCAAUGAUACCGAAGGCGUACUGGAGCAUAUUCGUGCUAAAGCGACUCGGAAUCGAGAAAUGGUUGCGAUUGAAUUGAGUGUUCCUAUACAGGAGUAUCGCAACCUAUCGAUAUAUGGUCGCCUGUUGAAGAAACAUGAUGACGAGUAUUCUGUGGCUGGACAGCUUUAUCGAAACGAUGAGGUUUUCAAUGUAGAAGGAGACGCCACCAUCGUUAAAGACAUACCAAAAAAUAUUGCACUUGUAAUUAAACCUCUUGGAGAGGGAGAUGAAGGCUCGAUAGCAUACGAAUACUUAGUAGAUGACACAGUAACCAAUUUCAAAGUGAAAAUUGAACGUGGGGAAAAACACGCUAGCAUUGAUGGAACUAUGAAGCUAUUGUCUAUGGGAGAUUGGAACUUUGGAUUGGAUGUUAAAUCAUCGGAAGCAGAUAUAGCGAGUGUGGAUUUGAAAAUAGGAAUUUCUCCGUUGGAAAAUGGACUCGCGGAAGGUAUUUUCAAAUUCAAGUCACCUUGGGAGCACUAUGGAAUUGAACAUGCCGAUAUUAGCAUGUUGUUUGAUGUUAAACCAAUUUCCGGUACCGUAGUUGCAAACUACAGUAUUCCAUCUGUUUCCGGUGACGCUAGCUGUAUGUGGAAUUGGCAUAUGUUGCAAAAUAUGCAAUUCACGUUACAUAACCGAGUAGUAAAAGAUUCCGAAGAACGAUACUUCCAAACUGGUGUUCGCUAUCUUAGCCCGGAUAUCAAGGGCAAUCAUAACAUGACGUUCGGUGGUGAUCUGAACCUAAACAAUAUUUGGAUUUUUAGCGCGAAUACUUCAGUAACGUUUAUUUCAAUCUCCGAUCUUGCCGGAGUUCUAAGAGUUCGUUUACCUAGUCCAGUUGGUGAUAUCCAUACUGUUGCGGCGAGCAUGAACGGUAAUAUUCCAUUCUUGGAACCUGUUCGCACACUGAACUUUGAAACAUUUUACGAAACGGAACAAUCCCGCAAACGAUACGCCUGGCAUUCAGAGUUCAGCAAUGUCAACGAUCUUCGAACGCUCCUUCGUUUUGACUGGGGACCCGACGUAGGAUCGGAACGUAUCCAGUCGACUCUGGAUAUAUUCCGAAAUGGUGAUAAACGCGAGGUUUCUGCCAAGUUACGUGGUCCAUGGUAUCUCGAGGAUGCCUUUCGUGCGAUGGCCGUGUACAAUUUUGCUGACAGUAUGUAUCUGGUCAACGCUAACAUAUCAGUUCCUGCCUCACGCAAGGUAGCUGAAGCGAACGUAGUAUUCACCAAUCUAUCUAAUAUGAAAGGUGAUGUUAAUUGUACCACUCCCUUCUUAAACAUUACCUGGUUGCACGGUCAACUGGAGUUUAUCGAGAAUCCUUUGGAAUCGAUUCGAUAUUUGAAAGCUACUUGGCCUGAGUCUAGUGCUGUUUUCGAUUCAAAAUCGACCUAUAAAUCAAAUAAUCUCGAUCGCGAUCAGCAAGGAACAAUUAAGGUGGAGAUUCCACUGCAAACCAGGCAUUAUGCUGAGGUAAAAUACGGCCUUGCGGAAAGACCAGCGAUAACGACAGGUCAUGCGGAGAUAGACUACAACAAUCAGAAGAUUCUCAGUGGACAAUACACAUCCAAGCAGGAGUCGAGAGCUGGUUUCGAUAAGGAAACUGUAGACGUUACUCUAGAGAACAACUUCAAACCCGUCGGUGUCCACUAUGUACACACAAUGAAAUUAUUGGGAGAUAAUUACCAGAAAAUGGACACAAAACGCGCUGAAAUUUUUGAACUGCGCAACCAGAAAAAGUUCAAAAUAACCGGCGAACUUAAAAUAACCACCAGGGACACGGGAAGGGAGUACGUCAUAACUGCGAUCCAUCCGAAUCGCACUGUGGUGCUUACUGCCGAUUUCGACGAAGAUGGCGAUACUACAAAGCAGAAAUCAAAGCUACAGUUGUCGCCGAAACGGUGGAUAUCGUACGAUUUCCACUUGACUAAUCUCUCCAAGCCGGAAAAUGUUUCACAGAAAUUCAGAUUGGACAUUUCCUAUCCACGAAGAAACCUUUCGGCUGAAGGAUGGUAUGCGGUAACAGACAAUACUUUCGAUUCGGAUAUUACGUUACAGUAUUCACCAAAUAAAACGAACGAUGAGGACAUUGUUGAACCACGUACCGUUAAAGGUGCUGUGAAAUGGGUUGAUAAUUCCAAUAACGAUUCUACGAAGCAAACCGUAUUAGUGUUGUUAGGACAUCCAACGUUUGAACAUGACAUCACUCUCAAAGGUGUGUACUAUUCAGAUGAUCGUGAUUUGCUUAAAGGUAACCUGGAUAUCGAGUACACCAAAGCGAACAAUCACCAUGUAUCGAUUGGGUUUAAUGCACAGGACCGUACGUCAGUGGUAGGCUAUCGAAACUAUUCGUACACUUUAUUAGGUUUACACGAAGCGUCCGAGUUGGAUUUGGCCUCACGAGGCUCUGUUGGUCUUCGACUGGGUUUGUAUGAACUCGACUCCAACUCUCACUACAAACGUGGAUAUCUAUCACGUAUGGAAGGUUACGUUGUUGGUAAAGUGGAUGUUAAACAGAAGGAAUUAAUUUUGGAGAAAAUGACAUCACAUAGUAAGUAUCGUCUAUGGGGAAAAGCGUCCGGUAGCUAUCCGCUAUACAUGAUCAAUGGAAGUCUUCUGGAUGGUCCGGACAUUGAUUCUGCAGGAUUCUUUUUCAUUGACAUUGACGAUAAACUUGUACAGAUGAAAAUUAAUAUGACGCCUGAUGCUUCGGAAAACGUCUACAUGUAUGGAAUCAUCCCGGACUCGAGAAAUGCAUACUUCGAUUUUUGGCGUGAUUACGACACAUUACGUGAGGUCGACGUGGCUUAUUAUCUGAAGAUGAACCAUUCCCGACUAGUAACCAGCAAACUUCACUGGCGCCCAGAGAUACGAUCCGACUUGCGCAAUCUGGUUCGGGAUUAUUUCACAUCACUGCACACUUCGUUUACCGAAUCGCUAGAAUUUUGGGUCAAACAAAUCUAUCUGGAGUCGAAAGAUUCCGUCAAUGGGAUUUGGGAUUCAGCGCAUCCUUUCGUGGAAGGUUUCCUAGAGGACGUUUCCGGAUUGAACGUCAUACAGGAUGAUUUGGAGGAUCUACGUCAAUUCUUGAAUGCUUCGUAUGUUGCUGAUGAUUUCUACGUGCGAUCAGUGAUCAACUUUACCAUCACCGUGCUGGACGAGUUAGCCAUCAAGAAUAAAUUAACUUCCUUCCCUAAGAUCCUCACAGAGUUUUGGCAGGUCAUGGGAGACUCCGGACAGGCGCUGAAGAAGUCAUUGACGUGGCUGCUGGAAUCCAUAAAAUUAUCGUAUCAGAAGGUGGUGGACGUUAUUGGACGUAUUCUUCAGGGUGACUCUAUGAAGUACUUGUCUGAGGUUUUGGAGAGUUCAGUUGCUCGAUACGAUAAGUUUAUCAAAGAUUUACAUCUUCAGUUUAUAAAGAAUGUGCAAGAAAUGUGGAAGAAGUUAACUGAUGUGAUAACAUCCUAUUGGCAGCGCAUGCUUCAGAAUAUCGAACCCUCGGUUAUUAAAUUAGCUCAUUAUGCUGAGUCUGUAAGCUGGCACGUAGGCCACGAAGUAUUCUCGUUCCUAUACAACAAAACUCAAGAAAUUGCAGAGUCGCCAUACUUCACGAAAGUAACCAACUUUACUCAAGAUCUGGACACUUUGUACAAAGACCUAAUUCACAACGACAUAAUUACCAACUCGAAAAAGUACGGUGCUAUCGUCGUUCGCUUCGUCAAAGAAAAAUUCUUUAGACUGGUACCAUUUGGUCGCGAACUGCACCAAGUACUCACCGAACUAUGGGAGGAGAUAAAACAACUACAGAAGCUCGAAUAUGUCCAAUUUAUUUUACAUCAUGUUCACGAAGUUCGGUCUAAAGCAGAGUGGCUUGCAGAAGAAUUUCAACUGGAGAAACGACUACACCAACUAUGGCGGAUGGUGAGGCACAAAUUGACGAGAUACGCACAAACCGCUCUGCAAGCUGAAAAUCAUUAUCGCGAAGCGAAAACUAAAUUUAUUUUCGACCCCGACCAUGGCAUUAUGGAAUUGGAACAGAAGCUACCAAUGUCGUGGCACGCAUUCAACGAGACACCCAAAUUUGAAGAGAUACCGGAGUACAAGUUUAUUACCGAUGUUCAAAAUUUCUUCGCUGGAAGUAAUACGACCAUUUGGACGCUUUAUAGUGAAAUGAAACCCUAUACUGAUACUAAAAUGUGGUUGCCUCCUUUUAAGGCCAACUCACUCCUAGUAGGAUCGAGGCACUAUAUGUCGUUUGAUAAAAGGUUCGUUUCGAUGGAGCUGCGUGAUCUACAGAAGAAUGGGGAAUCGAAUCAAUGUUCGUAUGUACUGGCACAUGAUUUUUAUAACAAAACAUUUACACUUUUGCUAGAACCAUCGGUAUUGGACGAUAGAAGUUCUCGUAAAAUCACUGUUUUAGCUGAAGAACAUCUUCUUGAAAUAGACAUCUCCGAUAUGUCUGUAAGAAUAAAUCGCAACGCAACGACUGCUCUACCGGCACAGAUUGGUGAAACUGUGGUGUACCGUGAAACGGAUCAGCUUAUAAUUCAGUCCUUCAAAGGCUUUAAACUCACUUGUAGUUUACAGUACCACAUGUGUUCGUUCGAUUUGAGUGGUUGGUACUUUGGAAAAACAGCUGGAAUUUUGGGAACGAUGAAUAACGAAGUUUUUGAUGAUUACCUUACAUCCGAACAUACGUAUGCAUCUUCUAAGAAACAGUUCAUAAAUAGUUGGAAAUUGCCAGGAUGUGAAGCAGAAGUGGAUACUACAAAUCAUACCCGCAACUUCUUCACUGUAUCCAACGAGCUGAGUCAAAUUUGCGAAUCAUUCUUUCAACAGAAACAGUCCUAUUUUGCAUCGUGCUUCCCAGUCGUAGAUUCGACAGCUUUCUACGAAAUGUGCCUCGAUUUGGGCCAUCAUAUAGACAGUAAACCCGAUGAUCCAUCCAACAAUGGCGCGUGUACUUCUGCCUUGGCAUAUAUGGACGCCUGCCUUCUGGAAGACAUGCCUCUUCGCGUCCCAGACUCCUGUAUUCAUUGUAAACUCAUCAACGGCUCAUACGUUCCCGAAGGAACCUUUGUUUCUAUGAAAGACGACGAAAUUCCACAGACCACAGAUAUAGUAUUUAUUGUGGAAGCAAAGCUUUGUAAUAAAAAUAUAACAACAGCAAAAAGUAUCAUGACAAUGGUACAGUCACUCCAUAAAGAAUUGCUAGAGUACAACAUCACUGAUAACCGCUAUUCGGUGCUUAGCUUUGGCGGAAUAUCGCCAUUCGAUAAACCUAGAAGCGUCAUCGUCAAUGACAACGUAUUCGUUACUCAUGAGUUCAUUGAACCAUUCUUCAAUCACAUAGUGACCGAAAACAGUACCAACGAUGAUAUCUUCGAUGCAAUCAUUGUGGCCUCCAAGCUAGUUUUCAGACCAGGGGCAACUAAGACCUUCAUUUUGUUACCUUGUUCCAAGUGCGCGACCUCUAGCAUGAAGCUAGACUACUCUUCGCUACUUCAGUUAUUGCUUGAAAAUGGCAUCAAACUGCACAUCCUAGCUGAUCAUGACAUCGAAUUCGACAAAUCUCGCGUUUCGCAAAUGUUCUUCGGCAUGGACCGUGAAAAAGCAUACACUAAGAAGGACAUCAAGGAACUGGUGGGUGACCCCCAUCUACGAAAGCAGGUCCGACUACCGAAAGCUACUUUAGGAAGCUGUGCUGCACUGGCACUGGAAACAGAUGGGUCUGUAUUCAGCGGUCGCAAACUGCGCCCCGAACGGCGUAAUCUGACGAAAAAGUUCAUAACGGUGUUUACAAAGCGUGUUGCAAGUACGGCAGCAUCGAGCACGUGUCAGACGUGCGAAUGCACCGGUCAUAACACUGGAGUUUCCUACAUGCUCUGCUUGCCGUGUACUUACCCUUCAGCGUUCAGCCUAGACCAGGAGCGCAUGACUGAGGAUGAGUUACUGUCGGUGCUGCAACCAGACCACGACUGGGAUUGGGAAGAGGAUGAUGAACUGUUAUAGUUCGGAAAGCAGUUAGGUUUAAGUUAGAACAUGCAAAUGAUUUUGGCAAAUAUUUUUGCAAGAGAUCAACGCCAUUUUUUAAUAAAAAUAAAUUGCAUUUUUAGUUUUUUUUUUAAAUUAGCAUCUUUUUGGUUAGCAGCUGCCAAAGCAGGUCGCUGCAUGCUUCGUUACCUACCGAGCUUAAUAACUCGCGGCGUCAUCAGCCACCACAUGAGGCCAUCGAGCGUGUUGCUUCUUAUUUACACAUUUAGCCAGUAACUCAUUACUUCAGAAAUCAUUGAUCAUUUCCAGAUUUUUUUAAGCUUUCGUUAAAAAAGAAGAUUGAGGUUUCAAUUUUACGAAUAAAUAAUACGCUGCUACAAAAAAUCAAACGUUGAACGAACUUUUCAAGUGACUCAAAUGCUACACAAAAUCAUUUUUUAAACAUUUUUUGUAUUGCUUUUGGUGCCCCCUACAACCUAUAUAAGAUCUCUUCAAAAGUUCAAAAUCGAUAGCACCGUGUAAUCGAGGGUGGUAACUAAAUUGAAGCUAUUCAGCUGAAAAACUAUAGAUUUUAUUCGUGAAUAAAAGACUAUGAAAUAGUUUUA